AUGAAUGGUUUAAAUAACGAUAAUAAUACUAGUAGUAGCAAUAAUAAUAAUAAUAACAAUAUAAUAAAUACAAAUAAAAAAGUUUACACAUCAGGACGUCCACCAUGGUAUGACUCAAAAGGUAAUUUAAAAGAUCCAUUAGUAAUUGGUGUAUGUGGUGGUAGUGCAUCUGGAAAAACUACAGUUUGUGAUAAGAUUAUUGCCAAUUUAAAUGUACGUUGGGUAGUACUUUUAUCAAUGGAUUCCUUUUAUUUAAAUCUUUCAAAAGAAGUUGAUCCAACCAAAUACAAUUUUGAUCAUCCAAAUGCUUUCGAUUAUGAUUUAAUGGUUAAAACAAUCAAAGAUUUAAGAGCAGGUAAAAAAGUAUCAAUUCCAAUGUAUUGUUUCAAGACACACAGUAGAUUACCACAUAAAGAUACAGUUUAUGGAGCAGAUGUUAUUAUUCUCGAGGGUAUCUUAACAUUGUACUCAAAGGAAUUAAGAGAUCUCAUGGAUAUUAAAAUAUUUAUUGAUACCGAUGAUGAUGUUCGUCUUGCAAGACGUUUAAAGAGGGAUAUCGCCGAAAGAGGAAGAACUUUAGAAAACGUUUUACAUCAAUACAAUACAUUUGUAAAACCAUCAUUUGACGACUAUAUCAUUCCAUUAAAGAAAUAUGCAGAUAUUAUAGUACCAAGAGGAUCAGAUAACAUUGUUGCAAUCAAUUUAUUAACAAAUCACAUUAGAUUAAAAUUAAAAGAAAGAGGUUUCGAUCCAGAAAAAACAGCUGGUUUAAAUUUAGAUAAUUUAGAGAUGCCAAAAGCAAUUCAUGUAUUAGAAGAAACCAAUCAAAUCAAAGCUAUGCACUCAAUCCUCAGAAAUAAGAAUACAAAGAUUGGUGAUUUUGUAUUUUAUUCAGAUCGUUUAUGUGCCCUUAUUAUUGAAGAGGCUUUAACCUAUCUUCCAUUCACCGAUAAAACUGUUAUCACUCCAACUGGCGCUCAAUACCAUGGUAUGACCUUAAAUGCCAAAGUUUGUGCCCUUAUUGUUUUAAGAGCUGGUGGUUGUAUGGAACAACCAUUACGUAAUAUUUGUAAAGGUAUUCCAACUGGUAAAGUUUUAAUUCAAUCCGAUGAAAAGAAAAAACCACAAUUAUUUUAUGAAAAAUUACCAGAUUUAACAGACUCACAUGUCUUAGUUUUAGACCCAACUAUUGCAACAGGUGCCUCAUCAGAAAUGGCAAUUAGAGUUUUAUUGGAUCAUGGUGUUCCAGAAAAUAAAAUUAUCUUUGUUAGUGUUAUCACCUCACUUAAGGGUAUCCUUUAUUUAAGUUACAGAUUCCCAGAAGUUAACUUUGUAGUUAGUGCAAUCGAUAAAUCACUUUCGGAAGAAGGUUUUAUUCUUCCAGGUAUUGGUAAUUAUUCUGACCGUUAUUUUGGAACCUCAUGUAAUUAA